AUGGCGACGCAGCAGUAUUACGAGCUGUACCGCGGCAGUAGCAUCGGCGAGGCGCUUAUCGAUACCAUUGACGAUCUCAUCAAUGACGGCCGAAUCGAACCACAACUGGCUAUGAAAAUCCUGAGCAACUUCGAUCGCGCAAUCGCUGAGACACUAGCAGAGAAGGUCAAGUCGAGAUUGACGUUCAAGGGUCACCUGGAGACCUAUCGAUUCUGCGACGAUGUGUGGACUUUCCUCGUUAAGGACGUCAAGUUCAAGAGUGAUGGCGGUCAAGAGUUCCACGCGGACAAAGUCAAGAUUGUCAGCUGCAAUUCGAAGAAACCUGGCGAGGCAUAG